AUGAGGGGCCACGUCCCCAGCAUCUUCCACAUGCUCUGGCUUUUGGUGCUGCUCCCUGGAUGCUGGGCCCAGGUGAACCGGCUGCCCUUCUUCAUCAACCACUUCUUUGACACGUACCUGCUCAUCAGCGAGGACACGCCUGUCGGCUCCUCCGUGACGCAGCUGCUCGCCCGAGACAUGGACAAUGACCCACUGGUGUUCGGCGUGUCCGGGGAGGAGGCCUCCCGCUUCUUUGCCGUGGAGCCUGACACAGGCGUGGUGUGGCUCCGGCAGCCGCUGGACAGAGAGACCAAGUCCGAGUUCACCGUGGAGUUCUCCGUCAGUGACCACCAGGGGGUGAUCACACGGAAGGUGAACAUCCAGGUGGGGGACGUGAACGACAACGCGCCCACGUUUCACAACCAGCCCUACAGUGUCCGCAUCCCGGAGAACACACCGGUGGGGACGCCCAUCUUCAUCGUGAACGCCACAGACCCCGACCUGGGAGCCGGCGGCAGCGUCCUCUACUCCUUCCAGCCCCCCUCCCCAUUCUUCGCCAUCGACAGCGCCCGCGGCAUUGUCACUGUGACCCGGGAGCUGGACUACGAGACCACGCAGGCCUACCAGCUCACGGUCAACGCCACGGAUCAAGACAAGACCAGGCCUCUGUCCACCCUGGCCAACUUGGCCAUCAUCAUCACCGACGUGCAGGACAUGGACCCCGUCUUCAUCAACCUGCCCUACAGCACCAACAUCUACGAGCACUCUCCUCCGGGCACAACAGUGCGCAUUGUCACUGCCAUCGACCAGGACAAGGGGCGUCCCCGGGGAAUUGGCUACACGAUUGUCUCAGGAAACACCAACAGCAUCUUUGCCCUGGACUACAUCAGCGGAGCACUGACCCUGAAUGGCCUGCUGGACCGGGAGAACCCCCUGUACAGCCACGGCUUCAUCCUGACCGUGAAGGGCACAGAGCUGAAUGACGACCGCACCCCGUCUGAUGCCACUGUCACCACGACCUUCAACAUCCUGGUCAUCGACAUCAAUGACAACGCACCCGAAUUCAACAGCUCUGAGUACAGCGUGGCCAUCACCGAGCUGGCGCAGGUUGGCUUUGCACUCCCCCUCUUCAUCCAAGUGGUGGACAAGGACGAGGACGUGGGCCUGAACAGCAUGUUCGAGGUGUACCUGGUGGGCAACAACUCCCACCACUUCAUCAUCUCCCCAACCUCUGUGCAAGGCAAAGCCGACAUCCGCAUCCGCGUGGCCACCCCCCUGGACUACGAGACCGUGGACCGCUACGACUUCGACCUCUUUGCCAACGAGAGUGUGCCCGACCACGUGGGCUACGCCAAGGUGAAGAUCGCCCUCAUCAACGAGAACGACAACCGGCCUAUCUUCAGCCAGCCCCUCUACAACGUGAGCCUGCACGAGAACGUCACCGUGGGCACCUCCGUGCUGACAGUGCUGGCCACGGACAAUGACGUGGGCACCUUCGGGGAAGUCAACUACUUCUUCAGCGAUGACCCUGAUAGGUUCUCCCUGGACAAGGACACCGGACUCAUCGUGCUGAUUGCCAGACUAGACUUCGAGCUCAUCCAGCGCUUCACCUUGACCGUCAUCGCCCGGGACGGGGGCGGGGAGGAGACCACAGGCCGGGUCAGGAUCAACGUGCUGGACGUCAACGACAACGUGCCCACCUUUCAGAAGGAUGCCUAUGUGGGCGCCCUGCGGGAGAAUGAGCCUUCUGUCACGCAGCUGGUGCGGCUGCGGGCCACAGAUGAGGACUCCCCGCCCAACAACCAGAUCACCUACAGCAUCGUCAACGCCUCCGCCUUUGGCAGCUACUUUGACAUCAGCGUGUACGAGGGCUACGGAGUGAUCAGCGUGAGCCGGCCCCUGGAUUACGAGCAGAUACCCAAUGGGCUCAUCUAUCUGACGGUCAUGGCCAAGGAUGCCGGGAACCCCCCCCUCAACAGCACCGUCCCGGUCAUCAUUGAGGUGUUCGAUGAGAACGACAACCCGCCCACCUUCAGCAAGCCCGCCUACUUCGUCUCCGUGGUGGAGAACAUCAUGGCAGGAGCCACGGUGCUGUUCCUGAACGCCACGGACCUGGACCGCUCCCGCGAGUACGGCCAGGAGUCCAUCAUCUACUCCUUGGAGGGCUCCACCCAGUUCCGGAUCAACGCCCGCUCUGGUGAGAUCACCACCACAUCUCUGCUGGACCGGGAAGUCAAGUCUGAGUACAUCCUCAUUGUCCGCGCCGUGGACGGGGGCGUGGGCCACAACCAGAAGACGGGCAUCGCCACUGUGAACAUCACCCUCCUGGACAUCAAUGACAACCACCCCACCUGGAAGGACGCCCCCUACUACAUCAACCUGGUGGAGAUGACGCCGCCAGACUCAGACGUGACCACGGUGGUGGCCGUGGACCCAGACCUGGGCGAGAACGGCACCCUGGUGUACAGCAUCCAGCCGCCCAACAAGUUCUACAGCCUCAACAGCACCACGGGCAAGAUCCGCACCACGCACGUCAUGCUGGACCGGGAGAACCCGGACCCCGAGGAGGCGGAGCUCAUGCGCCGGAUUAUCGUCUCCGUCACCGACUGCGGCAGACCCCCUCUGAGGGCCACCAGCAGUGCCACAGUGUUUGUGAACCUCCUGGACCUCAACGACAAUGACCCCACCUUUCAGAACCUGCCCUUUGUGGCCGAGGUCCUGGAGGGCACCCCCGCCGGGGUCUCUGUCUACCAAGUGGUGGCCAUCGACCUGGACGAGGGCCUGAACGGGCUGGUGUCCUACCGCAUGCAGGUGGGCAUGCCCCGCCUGGACUUCCUCCUCAACAGCAGCAGCGGCGUGGUGGUGACCACGGCCGAGCUGGACCGCGAGCGCGUCGCCGAGUACCAGCUGCGGGUGGUGGCCAGCGACGCGGGCACGCCCACCAAGAGCUCCACCAGCACGCUCACCAUCCGAGUGCUGGACGUAAACGACGAGACGCCCACCUUCUUCCCGGCCGUGUACAACGUGUCGGUGUCGGAGGACGUGCCGCGCGAGUUCCGGGUGGUCUGGCUGAACUGCACGGACAACGACAUUGGCCUCAACGCUGAGCUCAGCUACUUCAUCACGGGUGGAAACGUGGAUGGGAAGUUCAGCGUGGGCUACCGCGAUGCUGUGGUGAGGACGGUGGUGGGCCUGGACCGUGAGACCACAGCCGCGUACACACUCGUCCUGGAGGCCAUUGACAACGGCCCCGUAGGCAAGCGGCGCACAGGCACGGCCACCGUGUUUGUCACCGUCCUGGACGUGAACGACAACCGGCCCAUCUUCCUGCAGAGCAGCUACGAGGCCAGCGUCCCCGAGGACAUUCCCGAGGGCCACAGCAUCGUGCAGCUGAGAGCCACCGAUGCAGACGAGGGCGAGUUUGGGCGAGUGUGGUACCGCAUCCUGCACGGUAACCACGGCAACAACUUCCGGAUCCAUGUCAGCAAUGGGCUCCUGAUGCGAGGGCCCCGGCCGCUGGACCGAGAGAGGAACUCGUCCCACGUGCUGGUGGUGGAGGCCUACAACCACGACCUGGGCCCCAUGAGGAGCUCUGUCCGGGUGAUCGUGUACGUGGAAGACGUCAAUGACGAGGCCCCGGUGUUCACACAGCAGCAGUACAGCCGCCUGGGACUGCGCGAGACUGCCGGCAUCGGCACCUCCGUCAUCGUUGUCCGCGCCACGGACCGGGACACUGGGGCCGGCGGCCUGGUGAAUUACCACAUCCUGUCGGGCGCGGAAGGCAAGUUCGAGAUUGACGAGAGCACGGGGCUGGUCAUCACGGUGGACUACCUGGACUACGAGACCAAGACCAGCUACCUGAUGAACGUGUCGGCCACGGACCAGGCGCCGCCCUUCCACCGCGGCUUCUGCAGCGUCCAUGUCACUCUGCUCAACGAGCUGGACGAGGCUGUGCAGUUCUCCAACGCCUCCUACGAGGCCGCCAUCUGGGAGAACCUGGCGCUGGGCACGGAGGUCGUGCGCGUGCAGGCCUACUCCCUGGACAACCUCAACCAGAUCGCCUACCGCUUCGACGCCCACACCAGCGCCCAGGCCAAGGCCCUGUUCAAGGUUGAUGCCGUCACGGGAGCGAUCACUGUCAAAGGCCUCGUGGAUCGGGAGAAGGGCGACUUCUACACCCUGACUGUGGUAGCGGACGACGGCGGCCCCAAGGCAGAUUCCACUGUGAAGGUCUACAUCACGGUGCUGGACGAGAACGACAACAGCCCGCACUUCGACGUCACCUCCGACUCGGCGGUCAGCGUGCCCGAGGACUGUGCCGUGGGCCAGCGGGUGGCCACUGUCAAGGCCCAGGACCCCGAUGCCGGCAGCAAUGGGCAGGUGGUCUUCUCCCUGGCCUCCGGCAACAUCGCCGGGGCCUUUGAGAUCGUCACCACCAACGACUCCAUCGGCGAAGUGUUUGUGGCCAGGCCCCUGGACAGAGAAGAGCUGGACCACUACAUCCUCAAGGUUGUGGCUUCCGACCGGGGCAGCCCCCCGCGGAAGAAGGAGCACCUCCUGCAGGUGACCGUCCUGGAUGUCAACGACAACCCUCCCGUGGUCGAGAGCCCCUCGGGCUACAACGUCAGCGUGAACGAGAACGUGGGCGGGGGUACCGCUGUGGUCCAGGUGAAAGCCAGCGACCGUGACAUCGGGAUCAACAGUGUCCUGUCCUACUACAUCACCGAGGGCAACGAGGACAUGACCUUCCGCAUGGACCGCAUCAGCGGUGAAAUCGUCACACGGCCUGCCCCGCCGGACCGCGAGCGCCAGAGCUUCUACCACCUGGUGGUCACCGUGGAAGACGAGGGCACCCCCACCCUGUCGGCCACCACCCACGUGUACGUGACCAUUGUGGAUGAGAACGACAACGCACCCGUGUUCCAGCAGCCCCACUAUGAGGUGCUGCUGGAUGAGGGCCCCAACACCAUCAACACCAGCCUCAUCACCGUCCAGGCGCUGGACCUGGACGAGGGGCCCAACGGCACAGUCACCUACGCCAUCGUGGCAGGCAACAUCAUCAACACCUUCCGGAUCAACAGACACACGGGGGUCAUCCGUGCCAUCAAGGAGCUGGACUACGAGAUCAGCCAUGGCCGCUACACCCUGACGGUCACCGCCACGGACCAGUGCCCCAUCCUGUCCCACCGCCUCACCUCCACCACCACGGUGCUUGUGAACGUGAACGACAUCAAUGACAACGUGCCCACCUUCCCCCGGGACUACGAGGGCCCGUUUGAGGUCACCGAGGGCCAGCCGGGGCCCAGAGUGUGGACAUUCCUGGCCCAUGACCGGGACUCGGGCCCCAAUGGGCAGGUGGAGUACAGCGUUGUGGGCGGAGACCCGCUGGGGGAGUUUGUGAUCUCUCCCGUGGAGGGGGUACUGCGGGUACGGAAAGAUGUGGAGCUGGACCGCGAGACCAUCGCCUUCUACAACCUGACCAUCUGUGCUCGUGACAGGGGCGUGCCCCCGCUCAGCUCCACGAUGCUGGUGGGGAUCCGGGUGCUGGACAUCAACGACAACGACCCCGUGCUGCUGAACCUGCCCAUGAACAUCACCAUCAGUGAGCACAGCCCCGUCUCCAGCGUCGUGGCUCACGUCCUGGCCAGCGACGCCGACAGCGGCUGCAACGCGCUGCUCACCUUCAACAUCACGGCAGGCAACCGCGAGCGGGCCUUCUCCAUCAACGCCACGACAGGAAUCGUCACCGUGAACCGGCCCCUGGACCGAGAGCGGAUCCCCGAGUACAAGCUGACCAUCUCUGUGAAGGACAACCCAGAGAACCCGCGCAUAGCCAGGAGGGACUAUGACCUACUGGUGAUCCUCCUCUCGGAUGAGAAUGACAACCACCCCCUCUUCACUGAGAGCACCUACCAGGCCGAGGUGAUGGAAAACUCUCCUGCUGGGACCCCCCUCACGGUGCUCAAUGGGCCCAUCCUGGCCCUGGACGCCGACCAGGAUGUCUACGCUGUGGUCAGCUACCGGCUGCUGGGUGCCCAGAGUGGCCUUUUUGACAUCGACAACAGCACGGGCGUGGUGAUGGUGAAGUCAGGUGUUGUCAUUGACCGGGAGGCCUUCUCGCCCCCUGUCCUGGAGCUGCUGCUUCUGGCUGAGGACAUCGGGCUACUCAACGGCACAGCCCAGCUGCUCGUCACCAUCCUGGACGACAACGACAACUGGCCCACCUUCAGCCCUGCCUUCCUCACUGUUCACCUGCUGGAGAACUGCCCACCCGGAUUCCCAGUCCUCCAGGUCACCGCAACCGACGAGGACAGUGGCCUCAACGGGGAGCUGGUGUACCGCAUAGAAGCCGGGGCCCAGGACCGCUUCCUCAUCCACCCGCUCACUGGGCUCAUCCGUGUGGGCAACGCCACCAUCGACAGGGAGGAGCAGGACUCCUACAGGCUGACCGUGGUGGCCGCUGACCGGGGCACCAUCCCGCUCUCCGGCACGGCUGUCGUCACCAUCCUGAUCGAUGACGUCAAUGACUCCCGCCCCGAGUUCCUGAACCCCGUCCAAACGGUGAGCGUGCUGGAGUCGGCCGCACCCGGCACCAUCAUUGCCAACGUCACCGCUGUCGACCGUGACCUCAACCCGAAGCUGGAAUACCACAUCCUUGGCAUCGUGGCCAAGGACGACACCGACCGUCUGGUCCCUGACCAGGACGACACCUUCGCCGUGAACGUCAACACAGGGUCUGUAAUGGUGAAGUCCCCCCUGAACCGGGAGCUAGUUGCCACUUAUGAGGUCACUCUCUCUGUGAUUGACAAUGCCAGCGACCUACCGGAGCGCUCUGUCAGUGUGCCAAACGCCAAGCUCACAGUCAACAUCCUGGACGUGAAUGACAACACACCCCAGUUCAAGCCCUUUGGGAUCACCUACUACACAGAGCGAGUCCUGGAGGGGGCCGCCCCGGGCACCACGCUCAUCGCUGUAGUGGCUGUGGACCCCGACAAGGGCCUCAACGGGCUCAUCACCUACACCCUGCUGGACCCGACGCCCCCAGGCUACGUGAAGCUGGAGGACUCCUCCGCGGGAAAGGUCAUUGCGAACCGCACGGUGGACUACGAGGAAGUGCACUGGCUGAACUUCACCGUGAGGGCCUCGGACAACGGGUCCCCACCCCGGGCGGCCGAGAUCCCUGUCUUCCUGGAGAUUGUGGACGUCAAUGACAAUAACCCCAUCUUCGAGCAGCCCUACUACCAGGAGGCUGUCUUCGAGGACGUGCUUGUGGGCACGGUCAUCCUGACGAUCGCUGCUACAGACGCCGACUCGGGCAACUUCGCCCUCAUCGAGUACAGCCUCGGGGAUGGAGAGGGCAAGUUUGCCAUCAACCCCAGCACGGGUGACAUCUACGUGCUGUCCUCUCUGGACCGGGAGAAGAAGGACCACUACAUCCUGACAGCCUUGGCCAAGGACAACCCUGGGGACGUGGCCAGCAACCGUCGAGAAAACUCGGUGCAGGUGGUGAUCCAAGUGCUGGAUGUCAACGACUGUCGGCCACAGUUCUCCAAGCUCCAGUUCAGCACCAGUGUGUAUGAGAACGAGCCGGCAGGCACCUCAGUCAUCACCAUGGUGGCCACUGAUCAGGAUGAGGGCUCCAAUGGGGAGCUGGCCUACUCGCUCGAGGGCCCUGGUGCAGAGGCCUUCCAUGUGGACGUGGACUCGGGCCUGGUGACCACUCAGCGGCCACUGCAGUCCUAUGAGAGGUUCAACCUGACCGUGGUGGCCACGGAUGGUGGCCAGCCCCCUCUGUGGGGCAGCACCAUGUUGCUGGUCGAGGUCAUCGACGUCAACGACAACCGCCCUGUGUUCGUGCGCCCACCCAACGGCACCAUCCUCCACAUCCGGGAGGAGAUCCCGCUGCGCUCCAACGUGUACGAGGUCUACGCCACCGACAAGGACGAGGGCCUCAACGGGGCGGUGCGCUACAGCUUCCUGAAGACAGCGGGCAGCCGGGACUGGGAGUACUUCACCAUCGACGCCGUCAGCGGCCUCAUCCAGACCGCGCAGCGCCUGGACCGCGAGAAGCAGGCCGUGUACAACCUCAUCUUGGUGGCCAGUGACCUGGGCCAGCCGGUACCCUACGAGACCAUGCAGCCCCUGCAGGUGGCCCUGGAGGACAUCGACGACAACGAGCCCCUGUUCGUCAGGCCCCCAAAAGGAAGCCCUCAGUACCAGCUGCUGACCGUGCCGGAACACGCGCCCCAUGGCACCCUGGUGGGCAACGUGACGGGCGCCAUGGACGCAGACGAGGGCUCCAAUGCCAUCGUCUACUACUUCAUCGCUGCCGGCAAUGAAGAUGAGAACUUCCACCUGCAGCCCGACGGGCGCCUGCUGGUGCUGCGGGACCUGGAUCGGGAGCGGGAAGCCGUCUUCUCCUUCAUCGUCAAGGCCUCGAGCAACCGCAGCUGGACCCCGCCCGGCGGCCCUGCCCCCGCCCUCGACCUGGUCUCGGACCUGAGCCUGCAGGAGGUGCGCGUCGUGCUGGAGGACAUCAACGACCAGCCGCCGCGCUUCACCAAGGCCGAGUACACUGCAGGGGUGGCCACCGACGCCAAGGUGGGCUCGGAGCUGAUCCAGGUGCUGGCCCUGGACGCAGAUAUUGGCAACAACAGCCUGGUCUUCUACAGCAUCCUGGCCAUCCACUACUUCCGGGCCCUCGCCAACGACUCCGAGGACGUGGGCCAGGUCUUCACCUUGGGGAGCGUGGACGGCAUCCUGCGCACCUUCGACCUGUUCAUGGCCUACAGCCCUGGCUACUUCAUGGUGGACAUCGUGGCCCGGGACCUGGCGGGCCACAACGACACGGCCAUCAUCGGCAUCUAUAUCCUACGGGAUGAGCAGCGCGUCAAGAUCGUCAUUAACGAGAUCCCGGACCGCGUGCGCAGCUUCGAGGAGGAGUUCAUCCGCCUGCUGUCCAACAUCACGGGCGCCAUCGUCAACACUGACGACGUGCAGUUCCACGUGGACAAGAAGGGCCGGGUGAACUUCGCGCAGACAGAGCUGCUCAUCCACGUGGUGAACCGCGACACGAACCGCAUCCUGGGCGUGGACCGGGUGAUCCAGAUGAUCGACGAGAACAAGGAGCAGCUGCGCAACCUCUUCCGCAACUACAACGUGCUGGACGUGCAGCCGGCCAUCUCCGUGCGGCUGCCUGACGACAUGUCGGCGCUGCAGAUGGCGAUCAUCGUCCUGGCCAUCCUCCUCUUCCUGGCGGCCAUGCUCUUCAUCCUCAUGAACUGGUACUACCGGACCGUACACAAGAGGAAACUCAAGGCCAUCGUGGCUGGCUCAGCAGGGAAUCGCGGCUUCAUCGACAUCAUGGACAUGCCCAACACCAACAAGUACUCCUUUGACGGAGCCAAUCCCGUGUGGCUGGACCCCUUCUGCCGGAACCUGGAGCUGGCGGCCCAGGCUGAGCGCGAGGACGACCUCCCCGAGAACCUGAGCGAGAUGGCCGACCUGUGGAGCAGCCCCACCCGCACACACGGAACCUUCGGGCGAGAGCCAACAGCCGUCAAGCCCGCCGAUGACCGGUACCUGCGGGCAGCCAUCCAGGAAUACGACAAUAUUGCCAAGCUGGGUCAGAUCAUCCGGGAGGGGCCCAUCCAGGGCUCGCUGCUGAAAGUGGUCCUGGAGGAUUACCUGCGGCUCAAAAAGCUCUUUGCACAGCGGAUGGUGCAAAAAGCCUCCUCCAGCCACUCCUCCCUGUCCGAGCUGAUCCAGACCGAGCUGGAGGAAGAGCUGGGGGACCACAGCCCAGGCCAGGGAAGCCUGCGCUUCCGCCACAAGCCCCCCAUGGAGCUCAAGGGGCCCGACGGGAUCCACGUGGUUCACGGCAGCACCGGCACACUGCUGGCCACCGACCUCAGCAGCCUGCCCGAGGACGACCAGAAGGGCCUGGGCCGCUCCCUGGAGACGCUCGCAGCCUCGGAGGCCGCUGCCUUUGAGCGCAAUGCCCGCACCGAGUCCGCCAAAUCCACGCCCCUCCACAAGCUCCGCGACGUCAUCAUGGAGAGCCCGCUGGAGAUCACAGAGCUAUGACCAGGCCAGCCCUGCCUGGACGAGGACCGGUUGGCCCUGGUGGCCCCCACCAGCUGCUCCGAGUUACUCCUGCCAGGCGCUCAGUCAUCUGACCUCUACCUUCAGUAAAUGUUAUUUUUUUAAGAAAACCAAACAAAAAUGCUAAGCGUCUAAGGACGAGGUACAGUGGGGACGUGGGAGGCCAAGGGCCAAGCCGGACCUCAUGCACUGCAUGUGGGAGACAGGAAGCUGGCGCCCCCUGCUGGCCUACACCUGCACUCCACCCAAGGCCAGUCCGCACAACGCCGCAGGGGGCCAAGCCCCGGGCACACACCCCAGAGAUGAUCAGUGUCGCCGACCGAGCCGCCUCCCCGUGUCAUGGCUGCCCCCUCCGCCCAGCUUACGGAGAGAAGACUGCUGCUCCCUCGCGUCUGGAACGUGGAGUGUCUGUGUGUAUUCUUUAAGUUAUUCUCCGUACUCUCCCACUUUUGUUCAAUUGGCACGCAUUGAGAGUUUCUAGAAUGGUCCAUUUAAAAGAAA